AUGCACACACCCACACACCUAUCCCAACCACAUCAGCCGCCGAUCUCCAAACUCAAGCUACAAGCCGCCGAGGUAUCACCUGCACCUGGUAUGGACUUGCGUGAAUUGUUCAAGGCAGCCAGCAGCGUGGCUUGUUCCAGCAACCAGAGUGGCGGAUCCGGAAGAGCACAAAGUCCAGUCCAGGCCUAUCACACCACGCUACCCCGACGGAUGAUCUCGAGCCGUCCACGCCCAUGCAUAUCAGUUCAGGUUCAACUUUUCGCGGAUGAAUCCGUUUGUCCGUCGUUCGGCGGCCGUGUGAGAUGUCCCGCUUUCUCCUUAGUAAUUUGUGCCAUGUGCACAUUGUACAGACGAGAAGGAUUCACUGAGGUCAAUGCUCUAAUAUUGGUAGAUUGAGCUGUGUGAAAAUACCCGAGCUACCCGACGUCCGGCUGUCUCGUCUCGAUUCAGUAUUGUCGGCAUGCGGCACAGUGGCUUGUGGGUGGUCGAAAGGAGCUAUCUCAGUUAACUCCGAGUACCUACCUACGAUUGGAAGAGGGUGAUUGCACAGAUAGAUGAGGAGCGGUACGGGCUCCACGAUCAGCAAUUCAGAAAGUGGUUCAGGUGCGUAAUAAUUUCGGAAAUGGGCUCG